AACAAAACUUGUUUGGAUGAGAGUAGAAGGAGAAAAUGGGAUGCUCGUUGUCAGGUUUGAAUGGCUUAUACGACGCCGUUAAUGGUGGAGGUGAUGUUUGGAUCAAUGAUAACCGCUUCAAGAUCAUUCGCCAGCUUGGUGAAGGUGGUUUUGCUUAUGUUUUCCUUGUUAAAGAAGUACUUUCUGACCCUUCUAAUCCUGGUGUUUCCAAGAAAUGCAACGACCCUUCUCACAUCUCAGACGAUGGAACUUAUGCCAUGAAAAAAGUUCUUAUUCAGAAUAGUGAACAACUGGAGAUGGUGAGGGAGGAGAUCCGUGUUUCAUCUCUAUUUAGUCAUCCCAACCUGCUUCCUCUACUUGAUCAUGCUAUCAUUUCGGUCAAGGUCUCACAGGAUCAGUCUUUGAAGCAUGAAGCUUAUUUAUUAUUUCCAGUGCAUUUGGAUGGGACAUUACUGGAUAAUGCCAAGGCGAUGAAAGCUAAGAAAGACUUCUUUUCCACUUCAGAUGUGCUUCAAAUAUUUCGUCAGCUUUGUGCAGGACUCAAGCAUAUGCAUAGCUUGGAUCCCCCCUAUGCACAUAACGAUGUCAAACCUGGUAAUGUCCUUUUAACACAUAGAAAAGGACAGCCACCACUUGCAAUGUUAAUGGAUUUUGGAAGUGCACGUCCUGCAAGAAGGCAAAUUCGCUCUCGUUCAGAGGCCCUACAAUUACAGGAAUGGGCAGCUGAGCAUGUGUCAGCACCUUUCCGAGCACCUGAAUUAUGGGAUUGCCCAAGCCAAUGUGACAUUGAUGAAAGGACUGAUAUCUGGUCAUUAGGUUGCACUUUGUAUGCAAUAAUGUAUGGCGUAUCUCCUUUCGAGCAUGCACUUGGGGAAUCUGGUGGAAGUUUGCAGCUGGCCAUUGUAAAUGCACAAAUAAAGUGGCCAACUGGGCCUAAUCCUCCAUAUCCAGAGGCCCUACACCAGUUUGUAACAUGGAUGCUUCAGCCUCAAGCAAUAGUUCGACCUCGAAUAGAUGAUAUCCUAAUUCAUGUUGACAAAUUGAUCUCAAAGUUUUCCCAUUAAAAGGACGAGAGGAGAGAUGUUGGGUUAGUUUACAUAUGCGCGAUCCAUAUAUCUUUGCAUGUUAUGUAAUAUACCAUUCACCUCUUUCCUAUCAAAAUGUGAUAGAAGAAGCAAUAGUUCUCUGUUAUUUAGUGAUAGAAGAAGCAAUAUACGUGUGGCUCGAGUUUUAUGGAAGUUUUCUGUUCAUUUACAAGUAAAUCUUGAAUUCGGUAUCUCUUUCCCUAUGUAGAAGGAUCUUACACCGUAGUUGCAUAGUCAGAUUGCUGUUGAUAGUCUAUUUAACCAACCUUUUGAGGUUAGACUUUUCCAAUGUAUGAAUACAGGCAGAUCUCAGAGUCUAAGUACUUGAUUAGGCUGUGGUUUUCUUAUUUUUAUCAAUAUUCUGGGGUUCGUAAUUUUUUUUUUUUUUUUUUAAAAAGGCCUUCAGGCCGUUGAAUCUCAAAGCUUUUCGCUCUAA